AUGUCAGCGCAACUUGCAACUGGCAACAUGGCGGACCCAACACAACUAACGCUCUCAAUCCACCACCGCGGCGCCACCCACCCCCUCAUCCUCCCCGCAGACGCAACGCUCCAAGACCUCGCAACAACCCUCGCCUCAACUUUCCACGUCCCCCUCGAAAACCAGAAGCUCCUGAUCGCCCCGAAGCCAGGCAUGCAACGCGCCCCCUUCGCCCCAACCCCCCUUUCAGACCUCCUCCCACUCGACAACCCAAAGCUCAAGAUAACCCUCCUCGGCACACCCACAAGCGAAAUCAACAGCCUAAACACUCAAGGCUUAGAGACCCGCCGACGAGAAGAGAAGCGCGCCGCAGCCCACGCCGAAGCGCGCGCACACUCUCGCACCUCCACCCCAACCCGCUCAUCAAGCGGCAUCCACACCCUAAGCAGCACAGCCAAUGCCAACACCUACACCUUCCACGCCCUAAAACCCCUCCCGUACCUCCCGAACCCCUCGCGAAGCCUGCACUUCCUCACGCGCCUGCGCGACGACCCAGGCAUAAAGGCCGCCAUGGCAAAGCACCGCUUCUCCGUGCCUCUAUUGACGGAAAUGGAUCCGGCGCAACACACAACCUCCGAGUCGCGAACGCUGGGAUUAAACCGGAACAAGGGCGAGGUUAUUGAGCUCCGGCUCCGCACGGACGCAUACGAUGGGUAUCGCGAUUACCGCACCAUCCGGCGCACGCUGUGCCAUGAGCUUGCGCACUGUGUGCACAGUGAGCAUGAUCGGGAUUUCUGGGAUCUCACGAAGCAGAUUGAGGGGGAGGUCGAGAGGGGCGAUUAUAAGAGUGGGGGGCGCAUGGCAGGGGGAGACGAGUUCUAUAACCCUGGUGAUUGGGAGGUUGAGAGGGAGGGCGGGCAUGUUUGUGAUGGGGGUGGGGUUGUUGGGAGUUCGCAGGUUCUCGGAGGGGGGAGGGGCGAUCGGGUUGGUGGUGGUGCUGGGGGGAUGAGGGAGGUUCUGGCUAGAGCGGCGGAGGAGAGGGCGAGACGGGCGAAGGAGGAGAAGAGGGAUGGCUCUUCUUGA